AUGCAGUCUGAUACUGAAUACAAACAAGAAAUUGCCAGCGCAUUGAAAUCCAUCCCAGCUACUGAGAUUUCGGUAAAUGCAGUUGUUGACCAAUUACAAGAUGUUAUUGUAGAUGCGUAUGACGGAACAUGGUUUGAGACUUACAAAAACAGUUGGGUAAAAUGUAUUCGCGCGUAUCUUAAAUCAGAGAAUAUUGUUUUUAUGCAAAAAACCAAGCCAGUUUGGUAUAUUAUUUCGGCAAAGAUCAUUGCCAAAUUAUCUAAGGAUUAUGAUUUCAAAAGCAAGAAAAAAGCCAAUGUAUUUGAAGCAUCUGUGGCUGAAGCAUCUGUGGCUGAAGCAUCUGUGUCAACUGCAAUUUCUCAAACUUCAAGUGGCGCACUUCAAAUUGCUGCUGCCCAUGUGCCUUCUGGCACUGAAUCUAUUUCUGGUCAUGAAUCUAUGUCUGGCUUUGGAUCUCGAUAUGGAUCUGGAUCAACUUUACAAUCCAGUGUGCAAUCUGAUGUUAAAUUGACACUAUUGACAGAUUCAGAUAAAGCAAAUAUCGUGGCAAAAUAUGAUGCAUUGGAUAAAAAGAAGAUGUGGAAAUUGUCCACAGGUACGAUAGUUGAGGAGGUCAUGCGCAAAUGUGCUGUGGAACAGAAAUACGAGCAUUUGUCUCAUUCACUGAUACUAAAUGUUCGAGAUAAAGGAUGGUUGAAGUAUUUUACAUCUGAAGAACUGGAAGAAAUUACUACGUACAAAGCCAUCAACUUACCUGAUGUUCCAGAAGAUGUUCAAAGCUACUUGAAUGACUUGAGAUCUUUGACUCCAGAAGAUUUGUAUGGCAAGGUCGUGUGCGAGAAAUUACCAUUGCAGUCUGACAAAAAAUGGGUUCAAGAUUCAUUUUAUCAAUGCAUUCGGUUACUAGAUUCUGGUUUUUUCCCAAUGAAUAAGAAUGUGACAGAGGGUGGUCUUGUUAAACGAGUUUGGGGUUGUUUAGAUACGUGCUUUGAUUAUUCUGAAAUAAGCUGCAUAAGUGGUGAGAAAUGCAGUAAGUCCUCUGCUGAUGCUUUGAAUGCCAGUCGCACAGAUAUUAUGUGUCGACAAUCUUCAGGUCGUAAAAUGGAUUAUGUGUUCUUGCAUGAAAAAAGUGACCUAGAAUUGGGAUGUGGUGAAUGUGCUUUGGUGGGUGGUGUUAAUACCACAAAGGAGAUGUGUGAUGCAAACUUUAAGAUGCCAAAAAUCAUGAAAGACAUGCUCAUUAAGUUGGUUUCUGUCUCUCCUGCUUUGAAGAAUAAACUCCAUGUGUGUGGAUUAUACAUUGCAGAGAGUAAAUUGGAAUUAUUGAUUUUGGAUUGUCCGUCGACUAAUGUAACAAGAUAUGAUGCCAUGAAAGAAGUAGUUUAUCCAAAAUCAAAGGGCCAAGUUCAUCGUCAACUGUCUGCUGUGUUGAAAAAUAUCAUUGGUCUUAAAAUCUUGAUGGAAAAAACAGUGUAUGAAUUGGAUUAUGAUGUAACAGAUAUUACCGUUGGUAGAUGUAACGAUAACACCAUGGUGCCUUGUUUUAUUUCUUCUGGUACUGGUAAUAAAAAGCGUAAACACUAA